AUUUGAGAAUCCAGAAUGUCAAGAGAAUCUGUAGAGAGACAGCGCCGGGGCAAGCAAGAGCCGGACGGGCACUGGGCGACUCUGUGCCUCGCGGACGAAAAUCAACUAAACAUGGGCAAAGGAGAUCCUAAGAAGCCGAGAGGCAAAAUGUCCUCGUAUGCAUUCUUUGUGCAAACCUGCCGGGAGGAACACAAGAAGAAGCACCCGGAUGCUUCUGUCAACUUCUCAGAGUUCUCCAAGAAGUGCUCAGAAAGGUGGAAGACCAUGUCUGCUAAAGAAAAGGGGAAAUUUGAAGACAUGGCCAAGGCUGACAAGGCUCGUUAUGAAAGAGAAAUGAAAACCUACAUCCCCCCCAAAGGGGAGACCAAAAAGAAGUUCAAGGACCCCAAUGCACCCAAGAGGCCUCCUUCGGCCUUCUUCUUGAUCUGUUCUGAGUAUCGCCCCAAAAUCAAAGGAGAACACCCUGGCUUAUCCAUUGGUGAUGUUGCAAAGAAACUGGGAGAGAUGUGGAACAACACUGCUGCAGAUGACAAGCAGCCCUACGAAAAGAAGGCUGCCAAGCUGAAGGAGAAGUACGAAAAGGAUAUUGCUGCUUACAGAGCUAAAGGAAAACCCGAUGCAGCAAAAAAGGGGGUGGUCAAGGCGGAAAAGAGCAAGAAAAAGAAGGAAGAGGAAGAUGAUGAGGAAGACGAAGAGGAUGAAGAGGAGGAGGAAGAAGAGGAAGAUGAAGAUGAGAAAGAAGAUGAUGAUGAUGAAUAAGUUGGUUCUAGCGCAGUUUUUGUUCUUGUCUAUAAAGCAUUUAACCCCCCUGUACACAACUCACUCCUUUUAAAGAAAAAAAUUGAAAUGUAAGGCUGUGUAAGAUUUGUUUUUAAACUGUACAGUGUCUUUUUUUGUAUAGUUAACACACUACCGAAUGUGUCUUUAGAUAGCCCUGUCCUAGUGGUAUUUUCAAUAGCCACUAACCUUGCCUGGUACAGUCUGGGGGUUGUAAAUUGGCAUGGAAAUUUAAAGCAGGUUCUUGUUGGUGCACAGCACAAAUUAGUUAUAUAUGGGGACAGUAGUUUUUUUUUUGUUUUUGUUUUUGUUUCA